AGAAGAACGCGCUCUGUGAUUGGUUGAACUACUUCCGCCUUCCGGUCGUCCACUUAUACACGUGAAGGUCAGCAACAGAGCGAUAAGAUAUUUAUAAUUGUAAGAAUAUUGCUGAAACAAACGCGUUUUAGAAAAAUAUGAACGGCCAAGGAGCGACAGCCGACCCGCAGCUUCAGCAAUUCAUCGAAAUCGAGUCUCAAAAACAGAGAUUUCAGCAGCUGGUGCAUCAAAUGACUGAAGUUUGCUGGGAGAAGUGCAUGGACAAACCCGGACCGAAGCUGGACUCCAGGACGGAAAUGUGCUUCGUCAACUGCGUGGAGCGGUUUAUCGACACCAGCCAGUUCAUCCUGAACAGACUGGAACAGACUCAGCGGGGAAAGGGUUCGUUUUCUGAGACCAUGUCAGAAUAAAAAAGAAAAAACUGUCACCGGAAGGAUCGACCAGACACAUUCACGUGCCCCCAUGGCACGUUUUGUCCGGACACCAAGUGUCCUUUCAACCGGAGAAGGGGACGGGAUCGAGUGUCACAUUUAAAACAAAGUGCCUCAGAUAAACACAAUAUAUGGCUGCAGAAGUCUAGGAUGUGUUGCAGAACACACUUGGAUUCUAGUCUGUUAACGGGGACUUUCAUGGAGAAUUUUUUGUGUUAUUCGAAGCUGAGGUGGAAUGUGUGUGUGAGGCUGCAGAGAGUGUGAUGCAUCAGACAUUCAGUGUCAGACAGCUGUUUUUGACAGCCACAAAGACGUCACCAAACACAUUUUAAGAGAACUGAAGAGGCGCAAAGUUCUGGACUGUACAUAUGCAAUAAACGUAAUGCCAAAAUAA